AUGGGAGCCGGCCCUUCGCUCGGCAAGUUCCUCAAGAGCAUGGACGACCACGACCUCGCAGAGCUCGUGCAGAGUGCUUACACGUUGGAACCGCAUCGCAUGGAGAAGAUCUUUGCACUGGCCAAACGACGGUACCACGAAGGACAGCAACAGCAUCAGCAGACUGGCGAUGUGGAUACAGUCGGGCCAGCGGCUGUGCGUGCUGCAUUGUCGUCGCCUACUCAGCCGACGGUUCUACCUCCUGAGUUAUCGUCACCAACUCAGCCGCUGCUUCCACCUCCUGCGUUGCCGUCACCUUCUCGGCCACUGCUUCCACCUUCUGUAUCGUCGUCACCAUCUCGGCCGCUGCUUCCACCUUUCGUCACUACAGUAGUGACCGAGAUGGCACGACCGGAUCCACCGGUAGAAACCUCGACUGCACCGACCUCGUCUCCUUCUUGUGGCGUCGUUGAUCCGGUGACAGCUGUGCCAAGUAUGGAUGGGAUACCCGAUACAAACGACAGCUCCAUGGCACUAGGCGGAGUGAAAGACCCGAUGAACGCUCUCUGGACUUUCGAAGGCCAUCCGCUUCGUGAGCUGCAGGCAGCUGAUAAGAACCCACAAAAUGUCAGUCAUCGAGCGCUUUCGCAUCAAGGACUGCUUUCGGUGGAUCGUCUGGUCACAAGUGGUGGUGAUACUGACUUAUCCAUAGGAGCGAUCCUAAAACCGCAGCGCGGAGUGGACGCGGAAGAUUACCCGGUGAUGUAUGGCAGUUGUGGUCGCGAUAAGCGAUAUGGACGCUGCUCCGUGUGCUACUUUCGCGGGCUCCGCUGCAACACCGCUCACUAUUGUGCCUGCUGCCAACGGUCGGUGUGCAUCCGACCGCGUAAGUAUCCGGGUGAAGAGCACCACAAAAUAUGCUGGAAUGUGCUGCACAUGGACAAGGAUAUGAUCCAGCGUGUGGAGAAAAAGAAAAAGCGUAAGCUGCAAGCUCUGACUGCUGCAGAUACGACGGCUGCACCUAUGGCUGUAUCGCGUGUGAAGAGUGCUGCCGACACGUGCUAUAAUGGAGAAGCAGACACGAAGGACGAUCAUCGUCAGAACAACAUUCGUGGCCAGCCCGCUGCUGGUCUGGAUCGGGGACCGCCUGCUCCAGCUAUAGUAGCGGAUGUGAGCGGUGCAGUAAACCUGUGA